CGAUUCGUUAACGUGCGACCACGUUACAUCACGAAUUUAAACGCAAUGUGUAAAGUGUGCAACACUCAGAGUUCCGUGAUGGAAGCGCUCCCGCCUGCGCCUGUGCCGAAAAGCACGAAAUCCUUAGAGAGACUGAAGAAAAAGCACAAUAUCAUCACCGACCCUCACAACGAGGAGAAGCAGAAGGAGGUGGAAUACCAGCCUGACCUCCUCGCUGUCUCCACACAGUACACCAAGCUGGCAUACGACCUGUUCAAGUCUACGAUGGUCCGCCUGCAAGAGACCAAGGCAUACGUUAUUGAGCUCAAAUCCUUUAUGUAUUGGUGCAAUAUUGAUAAGACGGCAACGGCAAUUGGAGCUGGUAUCGUGCUGUACUUCAGCUUGCCGCGGCAUGAGUUCGGGCGCGUGCAAACAGCACUGUUCCCUGUAUACUACGCAUUUAAUGCCUCAGUCAGCCUGCUGGCCAUCGUCGCGUACUUCAAGACGCAAUGCAUCACGCACUUCGCCGCUACCUCCUGGGUACAGGUCGGCCGCCUAGUUCUAGGCGAGCUCGCACACUGUCCCCGCUACGUCCGCGUUCUGAGGACCUUCCGGAUGUACCACUCCAGCAUCGCCAUGGGCACCAUGAUCUGUCUCGGCUGCUCGCUUUACUCCACCCUCAUCUUGGUGGAUUCCAUGUGCCAAUAAACUAAUAUUUAUAUAUCUAUUCAGUAGUCUUGUAAUCUAAACCUCUUUUUGUACACAAAAGAGAAUAAGUUAUAGGUAGAUUUUUUUUAAUUUCAUGUUAUGUACAAAGUUUAGGCUGUUUUCAAAAACCCAUGCGCAUAGGAUUUAUGCAAUCCGUACCAUAGCUUUUGUUUUUCUAUCGUCACAAAAAGUUUUGAUAAUGUACCUAUAUAGA